AUGCAAAUGACAAAAUAUACAAAAUAUUUAGAACUAGAUGGAUCUCUUAAAAAAAGCUUCCUAUACCCACUUAUCUUUCGGGAGUAUAUUUAUAUAGUUACUUAUGCUCGUAGUUUAAAUGGAUAUGGAUCCAUUUUUUCGGAACAUGUAGGUUGUGAAAAUAAAUCUAGUUUACUAAUUGUAAAACGUUUGAUUACUAGAAUGAAUCAACCGAAUCAUUUCAUUAUUUCGGCUACUGAUUCUGAACAACAUAUACUUUUUAGGUAUAACAACAUUUUGUACUCUCAAAUGAUAUCAGAGGGACUUGCAGUUAUUAUCGAAAUUCCAUUUUCUCUACGAUUAGUAUCCGCUUUAGAAAGGUUAGAAGUAGUCAAAUCCCAAAAUUUACGAUCAAUUCAUUCAAUAUUUCCUUUUUUAGAGGACAAAUUUCCACAUUUAAAUUAUGUGUCAACUGGACUAAUACCUUACCCCAUCCAUCUAGAAAAGUUGGUUCAAGCCAUUCGCUUCUGGAUAAAAGACCCCGCUUGUUUGCAUUUAUUACGACUCUUUUUUCACGAGUAUUGGAAUUGGAACAGUCUUUUUUUUUCGAAGAAAUUUCGUUCCAUUUUUGUUUUUGUAAAAAGGAAUCCAAGAUUCUUCUUGUUCUUAUAUAAUUUAUAUAUAUAUGAAAACGAAUCCAUCUUCUUUUUUCUUCGUAACCAAUCUUUUCAUUUACGAUCCACUUUUUAUCAGUUCCUUCUUGAGCGAAAGUAUUUCUAUGGAAAAAUAGAACAGUUUGCAGAAGUGUUUGAUAAUUGUUUUCGGACCAGCCUAUGGUUGUUUAAGGAUCCGUUCAUGCAUUAUGCUAGAUAUCAAGGAAAAUACAUUCUAGCUUCAAAGGGUACGCCCUUUCUAAUUAAAAAAUGGAAAUAUUACCUUGUCAAUUUAUGGCAAUCUCAUUUUUAUGUGUGGUCUCAACCAGAAAACAUCUAUUUAAACUCAUUAUCCAAACAUUCUAUCCACUUUUUAGGCUAUCUUUCAAGUCUACGAUUAAAUCCUUCGGUCUUACGAAGUCAAAUGGUAGAAAAUUCUUUUAUAAUGGAUAAUACUACGCAGAAAUUUGAUACAAUAAUUCCAAUUCUUUCGUUGAUUGGAGCCUUGGAAAAAGCCAAAUUUUGUAAUGGAGUUGGGCAUCCCAUUAGUAAACCGGCUUGGGCUGAUUCACCCGAUUCAGAUAUUAUUGAUCGAUUUCUCUGUAUAUGCAAAAAUCUUUCUCAUUAUUAUAGUGGAUCCUCAAAAAAAAAUUUGUAUCGAAUAAAAUAUAUACUUCGACUUUCUUGUGUUAAAACUUUGGCUCGGAAACACAAAAGUACUGUACGGAUUUUUUUGAAAAGGUUGGGGUCGGAAUUGUUGGAAGAAUUUUUUACCGACGAAAAACAGAUUCUUUCUUUGAUUCCAAGAACUUCGUCUAUUUCCCAAAGAUUAUAUAAAGGACGGGUUUGGUAUUUGGAUAUUGUUUGUAUCAAUGAACUGGCCCAUGAAAAAAAUUUGUUUAUCAAACAUGUAAAUAGAAAUUUUCCAUAA